GUAGCUAGCUAAAUGACAGCUAGCUUAGCUAACGUUGAUGCCAACGAACGGGUUAGCGAGUAUUAGCCAAACUAGCUAGCAACGUCUGUGCAAAUAUCGUUAGCUAACAGCGUACUGUCAGAUCUCCAAAUGAUACGUUAGUGUAUAGAACAGCAGGGUUUAUCCCAACUGCAGCCUCUGGUUUAAUCAAGAGAGGCACACAGAAGCCAGCCAGCAGGUGGAGGCAGGAGGCGUGAGUAGAGGGCAGCAGACAUCCGCAGCAUGUAUUCCGAGUGGCGCUCGCUGCAGUUGGUGGUGCAGAGUGACCAGGGCCACCUCAGCGUUCUGAACACCUAUCCCACCAGCGUGGGCACGGAGGUGGCCAAUGCUGUGGUCAAGCCGUUGGGCACAGCGGUGAGCCCCGUCGCCACGGAGAACAUCCUCAAGACGGACAAGGAGGUAAAAUGGACCAUGGAGGUGCUGUGCUACGGCCUCACCCUCCCCCUGGAGGGGGACACCGUCAAGCUGUGUGUGGACGUGUACACAGACUGGAUGAUGGCCCUGGUGUCGCCCAGGGAUUCCAUGCCUCAGCCUGUGGUCAAGGAGCCUAAUAUGUACGUCCAGACCAUCCUCAAACAUCUCUACAACGUCUUUGUACCGAGGCCUGAACAACACAGUCUGAACCACAUCAGGCUUUGCCAGCAGGUUCUCUCGGCAGUCCAGAAACUGGCACGAGAGUCCGUUUCCAUGGUGAGGGAAACGUGGGAGGUGCUGUUGCUCUUCCUGCUUCGCAUCAACGACACAUUACUGGCCCCUCCCACUGUCGGAGUCGGGGUGGCUGAGAAACUAGCAGAGAAGUUGGUGGCCGUGCUGUUUGAGGUUUGGCUGCUGGCGUGCGCCCGCUGCUUUCCCACGCCACCUUAUUGGAAGACGUCGAGGGAGAUGCUGGCCAACUGGAGACACCACCCUCCUGUCGUGGAGCAGUGGAGCAGAGUGGCCUGCGCGCUGACCUCCAGGCUGCUGCGCUGCACCCACGGACCAUCCUUCCCACCUUUCAAAGUCCCCGACGAGGACGCCAGCCUGAUCCCUCUCGAUAUGGAUCACGACUGCGUGGCACAGACGUGGUACCGCUUUCUCCACAUGCUCAGCAACCCGGUGGACCUGAGCAACCCGGCCAUAGUGAGCACCACUCCAAAAUUCCAGGAACAGUUCCUCAACUCCAGCGGCUUGCCUCAUGAAGUGGUGCUGCAUCCGUGUUUGAAACAGCUGCCCCAGAUUUUCUUCAGGGCCAUGAGGGGCAUCAGCUGCUUAGUGGACGCCUUCUUAGGUGUCUCUGUUGAAAAGAGAGACGUACGGGAGAGGGUGUUCUCUUUUUGUCCAGUGCUGCUCUCUCAUGGUAUAUCACGCCCCAGAGCGGACAGUGCUCCGCCCACCCCGGUCAACAGAAUGAGCAUGUCUCCGCCCCCCUCCAUCGCCAACACCACGCCCCCUCACAGCCGCAAGCAGCGACACACGGUGGUCAACAAAACCACGAGCAAGAGCUCAACCGGCAGCGGUAGUCAACCAACCAAAGCAUCCCAGCAGCAGCAGCAGCAGCAGCAGCAGCAGCAGACGUCCUCCUCCCCGACUCUGCUGUCCAGUCCCAACCAGAGCAGCUGGGAGACUCGGCCCCUGCCGGCCCCAGCGCGGCCGAAGGUCAACAGCAUCCUCAAUCUUUUCGGCCAGUGGCUUUUCGACGCCGCGCUGGUCCACUGUAAGCUCCACAGCGGCCUCAGCCGAGACCCCAGCAUGACCGCCUCUUUUAUCCAAAUUCUCCUUUCUUACAAAUCUUCGGUAGCCACCCAAGUAGGCAUGGACCUGAGGAGGAAGGGUUCCCAAAUGUCCACCGAAUCCAUGGUGUCCAACCCCAUGUUCGACGCCAACGAGUUCCCAGAGAGCUACGAGGCGGGACGAGCCGAGGCCUGCGGGACUCUCUGCCGCAUCUUCUGUAGCAAGAAAACUGGAGAGGAAAUCCUGCCUGUUUACCUGUCCAGGUUCUACAUGAUCCUGAUUCAGGGUCUGCAGAUCUCUGAUUUCAUCUGUAGACCAGUUCUGGCUUCGAUCAUUCUCAACUCUUCCUCUCUCUUCUGCACUGACCUGAAGGGCAUCAAUGUGGUCGUCCCCUACUUCAUAGCUGCGCUGGAGACCAUAGUGCCGGACAGGGAGCUGUCCAAAUUCAAGAUGUAUGUAAAUCCCACCGACCUGAGGCGAGCCUCCAUCAACAUCCUGCUCGCCAUCCUGCCAUUGCCGCACCAUUUUGGCAACAUCAAAUCGGAGGUUCUGUUGGAAGGAAAGUUCAAUGAGGAGGAUGGAUGGCCUCAUGACCAGCCUGUGUCCUUCCUGUCCCUGAGACUACGUCUCGUCAACGUCCUCAUCGGUGCCCUUCAGACAGAGACGGACCCCACCAACACGCAGCUCAUUCUGGGUGCGAUGCUAAAUAUCGUUCAAGACUCCGCGCUGCUGGAGUCCAUAGGUGCUCAGACUGAAACGGGGAGCAUAGACGGGAGCCACGCCACCGCCAGGAGUCAGAGUCACAGCCGGACCAACAGCGGCAUUAGUUUCACCAGCGGGGGCAGCACGGAGGCCACCAGCCCGGACUCCGAGCGCCCCGCCCAGGCCCUGCUUCGAGACUACGCUCUUCCAGAUACGGCGGCCGGCCUGCUGGUGCGCAGUAUCCACCUUGUCACUCAGAGACUCAACUCCCAGUGGCGGCAAGACAUGAGCAUUUCACUGGCUGCCCUGGAGCUGCUGGCUGGGCUUGCCAAGGUGAAGGUGGGAGUGGACUCUGCCGACCGCAAACGUGCCGUCAGCUCCAUAUGUGGCUACAUCGUGUACCAGUGCAGUCGCCCCGCUCCCCUCCAGUCCCGAGACCUCCACUCCAUGAUCGUCGCCGCCUUCCAGUUUCUGUGCGUGUGGCUCACAGAGCACCCCGACAUGCUGGAUGAAAAGGAUUGUUUGGUGGAGGUCCUGGAGAUCGUGGAGCUGGGGAUCUCCGGCAGCAAGUCCCGACAGGAACUGGAGGUGCGUCAUAAAGGGGAGAAGGAGCACAACCCAGCUUCCAUGAGGGUGAAGGACGCCGCGGAGGCAGCUUUGUCCUGUAUCAUGCAGGUGCUGGGGGCCUUCCCUUCCCCGAGCGGAACCUCCUCCACCUGCAGCCUGCUGAAUGAAGACACCCUGAUUCGCUACGCCCGACUCGGCGCCACAGGAGCCAGCAACUUCCGCUACUUCGUCCUGGACAACUCGGUGAUCCUCGCCAUGCUGGAGCAGCCCCUCGGCAACGAGCAGAACCCCAGUCCAUCAGUGACGGUUCUGAUCCGAGGGACGGCUGGCAGACAUGCCUGGACCAUGCAGCUCUUCCACCAACCCAGAGGAGCUCGGGCCAAUCAGAGGCAGGUGUUUGUUCCCGAGGGCCGUCCGACACCCAACAACGGCGUGGGCAUCAAGUACAACGUCAAGCAGAGGCCCUUCCCCGAAGAGGUCGAUAAGAUCCCGCUUGUCAAAGCAGAUGUCAGUAUUCCUGACUUGGACGACAUUGUCAGCAAAGAGGUGGGUUGUUUGGGCUGGCAGGAUGAUUCCAGAGCUACAAGUGCACUGAUAAGUAAUAUUCCACAUCUGGAACUUCAGCAUGACAGGCUUCGAAUUCUGAUGACCAAGCAGAUCGAGUAUGAGAACGCCUUGGAGCGGCACAGCGAGGAAAUCUGGAAGUGCAAGCCUUACCCCGACCCACGGACGGACUGCAAACCUCCUUCACCGUCGCGGGAGUUCCAGACGGCGCGCCUCUUCCUCUCCCACUUCGGCUUUCUGUCUCUGGAGGCGCUCAAGGAGCCCAACAACAGUCGUCUACCUCCUCAUCUGAUUGCCCUGGAGUCAUCGCUUCCAGGGUUUUUUGAUGACGUCAGUUACCUGGACUUGCUUCCCUGCCGUCCAUUCGACACAGUCUUUAUUUUCUACGUGAGGGCCGGACAGAAAAGCAGCCCAGAGAUCCUGAAGAAUGUGGAGUCAUCGUCCAGUGUCCAGCCCCACUUUUUGGAGUUCGUCUUGUCCUUGGGCUGGCCUGUGGACGUGGGACGCCACCCAGGAUGGACAGGACACCUGGACACCAGCUGGUCCCUCAACUCCUACUCUGACAGCAACGAAAUAAACCAAACUGAAGACCCAGCCACUCCUGAGGACACCGGAGGUUCCAUGUUCAACGGGGAGAAGAAGGUUUUGUACUACGCCGAUGCUCUGACUGAGAUCGCCUUCGUCGUUCCAUCUUUAACAGAGAACUCGGAGGAGUCCUCGGUGCACAGCGACUCCACGGUGGAGGCAGACACCAACGCAGACGCCGUGCCGGCUCCACACAAACAACCCAAUCUCACCCUGGAGCUGUUCCCCAACCACUCUGAAAACCUGGAGUCGGCCAAAAAGCUGAGUCCGUUGGUGAAGACCAAGAGGUCAUCGACUGGGAAAUCUUUCCCACCGCUGGGUCCUGAGACGAAGGUGUUUGUGGUGUGGGUGGAGCGCUUUGAUGACAUUGAGAACUUCCCCUUGUCUGAUCUCUUGGCGGAAACCAGCACGGGCUUAGAAGCCAGCAUGACCAACAGCACUUCCUGCAGGUCGGGCUUACUAGAGAAGGACGUUCCUCUGAUCUUCAUCCAGCCCCUGAAGACGGGGCUCUUCAGGAUCCGGCUGCAUGGAGCCAUGGGUAAAUUUGGGAUGGUGAUUCCCCUGGUGGACGGCAUGGUGGUCAGCCGCAGAGCGCUAGGGUUUCUCGUGCGCCAAACGGUCAUCAACGUGUGCCGGCGGAAGCGCCUGGAAAGUGACUUGUACAACCCGCCUCACGUGCGGCGGAAGCAGAAAAUAACGGAGAUGGUCCAGCGUUACCGCAACAAGCAGCUGGAGCCCGAGUUUUACACCUCGCUCUUCCACGAGGUGGGGGAGGGAAAGCCUCACCUCUAACCCUUCCUCCCCCGCCCUGUCCUAACACUGGCUAACACAAGCACACACACACACACACACACACACUUCACUGUUUUACACUCAUACACCAUUUACAACUGUGCGUGUUUACAUAUACACACCCCCACCCUAUACACACACACACAGAAUCUUUAUAUUUAUACUGUACUGUUUUGUUAUUUAAAUGAAUACAUAUAUCAACACUGUCUGCCUUUUGACUGAGAGCAAAGUGUCAAACACCCGGCGGCGCUAGAAUGAGCUGCAUCGCUGCGUCGCGGCGGCGGCGGUCUCUUCGUUUAAGGUUCACGCUUUGAGGCAAAAGACUUCCUGCUCGUCAUUAACUGCAAUACGAUAGCUACACUGUUGGCCUUUCUGGAAUUGUAAAGAGCGCGUCCUUUUUUUAAACCCGCGAUGCGUCGAUUUCAUGACGGUUUGGUAGUACAGAGGUCCCGGAUCCACUUCUGGAUGUCUGUUUUUCUUUUAAUCUAACAUAUUUCAGGGGUUUGGAUUUUUGCCAAGGAGAAAAACACCCAAGUGUUGUCGAAAACAAAGAAAAGAGGAAAGGUUUGGUAAAAAUGUAUCACAAAAAUAUACAUACAUGUGUUAAUCCCUGAUCUAAGAAGAGAAACUCUCCUCCACCGUUAAAGUCUUCCUCCUUGUGCUAAACACACAUUCAGUCGUCACAGCGGCAGACGGGGCACGCAGGCCUUUUUCCCUUUCGGUUUGGGUUUUCCAGACGUUCUAUUGGACUCCUACAUUGUAUUAUUGUAUGCGGGAGGUUGGGGGCAUUUUUGACACCUGCGCUCGUCCCCCAGUGCUGGCGGAAAGUCAUCCCAGCGCCCGUGUGUGUACGCGUGUGAGGAGUCAUAGUGACCCCUGAAAAAAGACAAAAGAAAACUCACAGCAUUAAGAGAUCGGGGGACGUUCUGCUGACGGGAUCUUUAGAAAAGGUUCACUCGUAACGCUUGGUAACAUCCGAGUUUCCUGAUCACAGAGCACUCGACGUUUGCAGGGCUGAUAUCAAAUGACCACGAGAGACAUUUAAGGUCUGAAACUGAAUAAUGAACUCGUCAGAAAUAAUCGUUUGCCACACUACACACGUUUAAACUUAUUUUUUUCAUAAUUUCCCUCACUUUUGUUUACUCACUGUACUUCUGGUUUUGAUUGGAGCCUGUAACAAUGUGAAUUUAUUUAUCACAGCGACUAACGGGGCAAACAUCUCUUGGGUUUCUUUGGAGGAGUCUUAAUGCACUGAGCACGUUUAUUUUCUACUCCUGUUUACCCUACAUGUCUUUUCUUUUAAAACUGGGGCAUUUUUGAAAGCAACCCCCCACCCCCGCUGAAGGAAGACUUUUACCUAGCGAAGUAUGAAUGAAGGAAAAGGCGCAGUUGAGUUUUUUUUUUUUUUAACCUAUCAUGUUUAAUAGUGCAACUUACUUUUUAUGACAGUGCUUUCUGCACGUGCCUUUUCUUUUGGAAGAAAAAAGUACAUUGAAUACUCUUCAGAACUACAUACAAUCAGUCAUACAUUGUAUACUAUGUUACUCCUCUGGUGUUUGAUCAUAUUUAAAGAUUUGCCAUGUACAGAAGUGGAGGAUGAUAUGUAAAUAUAUGAUAGUGUAAGGCAUUUACAAGCUGUCUGUUGCAUUCCUCAUCUGAGGUGGCGAGAAAAAGUUUUGUAUGUAUGCAGUUAUGUGUGGGAGCCUCACAAUGGGUAUUGAAUGUAACAUGCAUCAAUUAAAACUAUUAUUGACAUUUUAA